UUUUUUGAUUCCUUAUUGUCACUGCCAACGAUUGAAAAUUUUCGAUUGAAAAGAAGCGUACAAACAAAAAUAUUGCAUCAUACACUCUGUUAUUUAUCGCGUACUCGAGUUAAACAGAGGAAUAAGAGCUAGGUUAUGUCUAUUACCGAACGAACAACUUGCCAUUCGCAAGUCACUUGCACAUGUUAUUUUUAUCUUCGUCAGCGAAUAGCGCACAGCUAUUGUUAUCAUUUGCGUAAAAUGUUUUUAUCUUAUUUGUCAGUAAUUAGUACACAGCUAUUGUCAUCAAUAUAAACAAAAUCAAAAAGCAGCAAGUUAUGCAGCAAUGGGAUCGCAUUCUGCUAGAGAUAAAGAUUCGGAUCACGCAAUAGCCGGUGGCACGAGUGGUUUCGUAACGAGAUUAAUUUGUCAACCUCUCGAUGUUAUUAAAAUCAGGUUUCAGCUCCAAGUCGAACCAAUCAGACACAACGACAACAGCAAAUACAGAUCUCUGGCACACGCCGUGAAUGUUAUUGUUAAGGAAGAGGGAUUGUUAGCAUUAUGGAAAGGUCAUGUGCCUGCGCAAAUACUUUCCAUCGUGUACGGUCUAGGACAGUUUUAUUCAUACAAUAUUUUCAAAAAAUUCUUUGACCAAAUUGCUGAUGUACCAGAAUGGAAAAAGUCAGUGAAUUUUAUUGCCGGAGCAGCAGCAGGAAGCGUGGCUACAAUAAUUUCAUAUCCUUUUGAUACAGUCAGGACAAGAUUGGUUUCACAGUCCUCGAAUAACCCAGUUUACAGAGGAGUUUUGAACCCUUAUCUAACUAUCUUGAGGACCGAAUCGACCAGAUCGUUUUUCCGUGGCUUAUCGCCUACCUUGUUGCAAAUAUCGCCACACGCCGGACUCCAAUUCAUGUUCUACGGAUGGUUCGUCGAUACGUGGCAAAUUUAUUAUCCGAAUGACCAAACGAACAUUACGAGUUCCAUGAUCGCGGGAAGCAGUGCCGGUCUCGCUGCAAAAACUCUCGUUUAUCCUUUCGAUUUAGCGCGAAAACGAUUGCAGAUUCAAGGCUUCGAGCACGGUCGUAAAGGUUUUGGCCAAUUUUUCACUUGUCACGGUCUUAUCGAUUGCGCCGUUCAGACUUUUCGGAACGAAGGCUUUUGUGGCUUGUUCAAAGGUCUAGUCCCAAGUCAAAUAAAGGCUGCAGCUACAACGGCUCUCCAUUUUACUGUUUACGAACAAACGCUUUUGUUGCUUCAAAAAAUGCGAGAAUUCUCAACGAGCACUACUCCACGCUUUCUAUUUCUUUUUGGAAUUAUCCAUAACUAAUAGUGUAGCCCAUGGAUAACAUGAGGGUUUCUUUGAUCGCUGGAUGGAGUUCGCGUUCGAUGUAUCUAGUGAGAGCUUGGCUA